AGAGGCAGAGAGGAAGAGAGGAAGAGAGGAAGAGAGGCAGAGAGGCAGAGAGGCAGAGAGGCAGAGCGGCAGAGCGGCAGAGAGGCAGAGAGGCAGAGAGGCAGAGAGGCAGAGAGGCAGAGAGGCAGAGAGGCAGAGAGGCAGAGAGGCAGAGAGGCAGAGAGGCAGAGAGGCAGAGAGGCAGAGAGGCAGAGAGGCAGAGAGGCAGAGAGGCAGAGAGGCAGAGAGGCAGAGAGGCAGAGAAGCAGGGAGGCAGAGAGGAAAGAGAGGAAGAGAGGAAGAGAGGCAGAGAGGCAGAGAGGCAGAGAGGCAGAGAGGCAGAGAGGCAGAGAGGCAGAGAGGCAGAGAGGCAGAGAGGCAGAGAGGAAGAGAGGAAGAAGGCAGAGAGGCAGAGAGGCAGAGAGGCAGAGAGGCAGAGAGGCAGACAGGCAGGGAGGCAGAGAGGCAGGGAGGCAGAGAGGCAGAGAGGCAGAGAGGCAGAGAGGAAGAUAGGAAGUGAGGAAGAGAGGCAGAGAGGAAGAGAGGAGAAGAGGCAGAGAGGCAGAGAGGCAGAGAGGCAGAGAGGCAGAGACGCAGAGAGGCAGAGAGGCAGUGAGGCAGAGAGGCAGAGAGCAGAAAGGCAGGGAGGCAGAGAGGAAGAGAGGAAGAGAGGAAGAGAGGCAGAGAGGCAGAGAGGCUGAGAGGCAGAGAGGCAGAGAGGCAGAGAG